GAAAGGUCAUCAUGGUUUAGCUUGUAUAAAGCUUGCAUGCAUUCACAUUUGUGAACACUUGAUCUAUUAAGAUAAAUAUGGGUAAAGCACUUUUUCUACUGGCACUUGUGAGCCUGACCGUUGCCCUGGAGAAUCCAGAAGAUUGGCAAGCUUGGAAGAAGGAGCACAACAAGCAGUACAACGAUGUCACGGAGGAGCUGAACAGACUGACCAUCUGGCAAGAGAACAAAGCUUUUGUGGACGCUCAUAAUGCAGCAGCUGACAAGCACGGCUUCACUCUUGAGGUCAACAAGUUCUCCGACCUCACUAACGUUGAAUUCACCAAGACACACAACGGCUAUCAAAUGUCGGACUUCCCUUCCUCUGCUCGUAUGUUUUCUCCAAAUCCUCGUUUCCAGCUGCCUUCAUCUGUCGAUUGGCGAGAGAAAGGCUACGUGACAGAGGUAAAAGAUCAGAGUCAGUGUGGGGGGUGUUGGGCGUUCAGCGCAACAGGUUCUCUGGAGGGACAACACUUCAACAAAACUGGCAAACUAGUCUCAUUGAGUGAACAGAAUUUGAUCGAUUGCUCGUCUAAUUGGACCAAUAAUGGUUGUAAGGGUGGAAACGUAUACAAAGCAUUCCAAUACAUCAAAGACAACGGUGGCAUCGAUACCGAAAAGAGUUAUCCGUACGAAGGGAAAGAUGAAAUAUGCCGAUACAGCAAAAACAACAUUGGAGCAAACUGUACGGGCUAUGUAACUUUGAGGAAGGAAGAUGAAAACGCUUUAGCUGUGGCAUGUGCCUCCAUUGGUCCAAUCUCAGUCAGUAUUGAUGCCAGUAAGCACAGUUUCCAGAGCUACAGUUCCGGUGUGUACUACGAGCCAAUGUGUAACCCUGAUGUACGAGACCAUGCUGUGCUGGUGGUUGGUUACGGGACGGAAAACGGCCAAGACUAUUGGUUGGUUAAGAACAGCUGGGGCAACGACUGGGGGGAGGAGGGAUACAUCAAGAUGGCUAGAAACAAAGAGAACAAUUGUGGCAUAGCUUCUGCAGCUAUCUACCCAACUGUGUGAUAGGAACACACGUCAUUACUUUUGAGGACAAUUUAUUAGUAUUGUAUCAGGAGUACAUGAACUCCUGAUUGCAUGUAUAUUAAUUGUACCAUAAUAGAUGAUUGUGUUAUAUCUUUCUUGAUAAUUA